GUUUAACAAACCGCCUCCCCCCCCCCCCCUCUCUUCUCUCUGGCUUUUCUCGCCUCGGGACACCCUCGUCAGCUUUCCCUCCGCCAGUAUCUCCGCGCUGUCACGUUAACGCAGUCGCCGCUUAACUUGGACCAACCGCCGCCGCCCCCCGCUGCUGGUGCUGGAACUAGAGCUAGUGCUGCUGGAGCCGCUGUUCCUGUCCAUGACGGUAGCGCGACCUUCAUCAUAGCCCAUCGUUCUCCCCAUCCCCAUUCUUAGCAGCCAGUCAAUCAUCAUCGCACAGUAGUCGAGCCAUGAGCACGGCCAUGAAGCGGCCCCUCGCCGGUCAUGCAGGCACAGGCACGGGCGGACCGACAUCGAGCGGGCCAGGCGCCCAACGAGCUGCCGCAGGCCAGCAGCAGCAGCAGCACCAGCAGCAACAGCCUGCCCAUGGACAGGCAUCGUCGCAGCAUUCGUCUCCCAUGCUGCCAUCGGCCAGCAGCAACUCUUCGACCAUCAAUGGUGGCAGUGGAGGAGUAGCAAGUAGCGGUGGCGGUGGUGGUGCAUCAGCAGCAGCAGCAGCAGCAGCAGCAGUGGGAGGAGCGACGCUCAACACGGAGCUGCGGGCCCAGCUGCGGCGCGAACGAGAGGCCGGCAAGGCCACGCAGGCCCUUCGCCAACGCAGCUCGUCGGUCGUCUCAUCGCAGCACCACUCUUCCGAAGCAUCCAGGCGCAUCAGCCCAAAGGCCUCCUCGGGCAAGGGCCCCAAAUCAGCCAGCACCGCGGCGGCCGCCAUCGGCUCGGCCACCUCGAGUCGAUCCAGCAGCCAGUCGCACCACAAGAAUGCCGAGGGGUCCUCCCACGCGAGCAGUAGCCACGGAAGCGGACAGACGACGCACCAGUCGCUCCAGCCCAAAGCAGCCAGCCACCCUCAGCUUCACACGGUCGCUCGCGACGGCGACGCACGAGCACCUUCGGUGCAUACAAGGGCCGCUACCCAGCCCGAAGCAGCGCAGGCGCGAAUGCCUCACCACCACCACCACCACCACGAUACGCCUGCUUCUCCUCCGGUUCGUUCACCUCCUGCCAACGACCGGGAACGAGGUUCCGAACAUGCCUUUGGCGUCGAGUCGCUCCAGGCCGCGUACGCAGCGAAGAUCCACGAGCUGGCCCUCAAGUGUCGCAACUGGGAGCGCUAUGCUGCCAAGCUCCUUGCACAGAGCGAAGCCCUCGGGGUGGAAAACCAGAUGCUCAAGGAUCUCCAGUCGGGGCAGGAGCAGCAGAUCAACGCCCUGGAGAUCGAAAAUCGUGCCCUGCGCGAGGAGAGGGCAAGGCGCAAAGCUGGCGAAGCAGGCAGGGCCUCGAGUCGGCUUGGCUCCCGCGGCCAUCGGCCUCCGCAAAGCCACUCCGCUGGCGAGCUGGCCGAGCAGUAUGCUCGCGGCGGUAACGCGACAGCAGCAGCACGGGCUCUCAACCUCGGCCUGGCCGACAUCUCUGUUCCCUCGCCACCGCGCUACGCUGCCAGCAACGGGCACUCGUUCGAUGGUCCUGCCUGCUCCUCGAACCUCUACAUCGACGAGCGCGAUGAGGAAGACGCACGCUCCGAUUUGCGUAUUCCCACGCCCGUGUCCAGUAUCUCGCUUCCUUACCACGCCCGGGAGCAGGACGGGCAGAUGCACACGAUUACCAAGCAGCACUAUUCGCAGCACCAGCAUCAACAUCAACAUCAGCAUAUACAGCAGCAUGCACCGCACCACAGCGUUCCUAGCAACAAGAGUAGCAACAACUCUCUCAGCGAGCACAAGUCUCGCAUGGAGAUGGUGAACAACGGCCGCAUCCCACAGCUUGGCAACGGUGGCCGCAUGUCUGAUCCGACCUCGCUAGCCGAUGGUCACGGCCGCUAUGUCCAGCAGCAGCAGCAGCAGUCUCACCACCCAUCCCAUCACCGUCGAGAGAGCCAUCUGUAUGACAUUGUUGGACAGGACGCCUUCGCCCGUGACGACGCCGAGCUCUAUGCUGAAGGCCGACCGAGCAGCAGGAUGUCAUCGGCCGCGCGAAGGCUCGUCGAGUGCCAGACGCAGACCGACGACUCCAACGGCGGCUCGGCUCGCAUCUCAUCCUCGUCGACAUUUCCUCCCUCUUCGUAUAUCCAGGGCAAUGCCCUCACCAAGCAGGCACUGGCUGCACUUGGCAAACCCAACAACGCACUGCUCGGUCUGGGCGCGCCUCCAGCAUCGGCGUCGGCCAACCACCUCGGUGGCGAACGCAGCAUCAAGAGCUCGACAUCGCCGACGUCCGAGGCCCAGCGCAAGACGAGCGGCGAGAGUCUUGACAUGCCCAAGCGCAGAGGCAGCCCAGUCGAGCUUCACGACGACCAUCAGGGCGGCGACAGCAACCACUUUGCUGGGCUGCGUGCUCUUGAAGGCAACUUGCAGUCUCGCAGCGGUAGCAGCCACUCGGAUGCCAAGACAGUGACCGAAGACUAUCUCCAGGGUGCCGUCGAACAGAGGCGACAGCUGCGAAGGACGUCGCUUUCGCAGCAGCAGCAGCUCAUGUACCUUCAGGCACAGGCCCACCAGGCGGCCACCAUCUCGUCUCAGUCGGAGGUCAAUCUUCCGUUUGCCCGCCCACCCUCGAGGCCGGGCUCGAGGAUGAGCAACAACUCGGGUGCCAACUUUGAGAUCCGAUCCCGAUCUCGGAACCGCAGCCGCGCUGGCAGCUCAAGCGUCCAUGACAUCAUCCCUGUCGCUCUCGAUGAUGUCUUUUCGGAUGGCCUACCUUCGGCUGCCUCUAGCGUCUUUACGGGCUUGCACAAUGGCGGUGUGCGUCCUCAGCAGCCCUUGAGCGCCAACAGCUCGGCUCAGAACAGUAAGCAGAACAUUUCCAGUUCCUCCUCCUACAACGACUUCAGCGAGCGUGGAGCCGAUGAGAACGAGGAGAACGUGGCACCGCGAUCGACCAGCAUGAUGGACGACAUGCGACCCAAGUCGCCUACGCCGCCCAGCUCGGCAGCGUUCCACCUUCAUGGUCAGCACGCCCCGGAGGCUUCGGAUCACAGCGAUGGCCCGAGCACAAAGGCUGGCUACUCGACCGAUGCAGAGACGAUGAGCGAGUUGCAGGCGACACCGUCGGACGAGGACGAGAAGCGAGGCGCACACCGAAGGCUCUACAUGAAGCUCCGCGAGGAGCUCAACACUGCUGAGCUGACCAAAUUUGAAAAAUACGUACACCGGUACGACGCCCUUGAGAUUCCACUGCACGGAGGUCGGGGUCUGUUGAACCGGGUCAAGAAGCUGCUCCUGGUCAGCAACCCUGAGCUUCGAACGGGACCUUUGGAUAUGAAGAAGCGCAAGGAGCUCGCUCGAGAGUUUGAGCGCAUCGUUCGUGCCGACGAGCGCACGUCCACUUGAGACGCUUUGCCAACCCCCCUACUUCCUUUGUUCACAUGUGUUUAUAAGGAUCUCUAUUUCCUUUUCGGCAGCGAAUGGGCACCUCAAGGCCGCCCUCUUCGUCUGCUUUUGUACGACGAUGGACGACGACGACGAUGACGCUGCUGAUGACGACGAUAAACGACGUCUUGUGACGGGCUCACGAAAUGUAUUAACGACUUCCCUUUGACGGCCAUCAUUUUCCCUCCUCUUUUGUUGAUAGCUCCACUAUUCAAAUAGUUCUUACUUCGCUUCUCUUCCAGACCCUCGGCAACGGGAUUCCCGUCUUUCUUCUCAACAUCCAUGUCAUACCCCGCUCUUCAAUUCUUUCGCUUGACAAACAACCAAAUUUUUCAUCAUUUACUUCGAAAUACAUUGUUACC